AUCUGGUUUUGAUGGGAUAAUAUAAAAAUCGCAUCUCGUCGAAUGUUUUUUUUUUCGUGAAAUUCGUGUUCUGAGAUGAUUUUGUUGAGCCAGAUUUUUAUGUUCUAAUCAUCUCUUUAUUAUUUGUUUUUUUUUUAAUUUUGCAUUUUAUAACUUAAUUUUAGUCUUGAUAUAUGAAAAAUUCAUGUUUUAUGUAAUGUUUCAAUCAUGUAAAUCUGUAUUAAUCUUGAGUUUAGUAAAGAUUCUGAAUGAUGGUAUACCUACCGAUGUUACCGAAUAUUGAUGAGUUAAUCCUCGUCCUCACUAGGCAUACCUCAUCAAGCAAAAAGUGUAGAUAUCAAUUCUUCUAAUUUUGUUUACAAGUAGGUUCAACUUUUUUGAUACUCUACAAACGAUAGGCAAUUUUCUAUCCAAAGUCUCCAAGGGGGUAGGGGGUAAGGGAAAUGAAUGAUUUCGAUGCAAUAGUAUCAGACUUUGAUUUUUGAAGGCUCGUAGCCCAAGUAAAUUGAUUUGCGAGAUAUUAAACAGGUUGUUCGAUCUAUGGGAAACGUGUUGGGGAGAGGGUGGAGGAGAGGAAAUGUUUCCUUUUCUGGAAAAGCCGAAGGAAGUUCAAAAAAAUUUUGUCAUUUUUACAGCGACUUUUGUGAAUAACAUCAAUCGCAUAAAUUAUUGAUGCUGAAUGGUGUAGUACCUAAUAUUUCAAAAUUUGAAACCGUUUUAUUAUGUUUCUUGUUGAGGAAUCCCAAUUGAAUGAACCAUAUGAAGUUGAGGUAUUCUUAGAGGGUUUAUUUUUAUACGUUUUUUGAGUUUUUGUGUCGAUAAAGUCGGUUUGAUGCUAUAAUUUUUCAAACGUUACUGAAACGAUGAGUAUGGUAGCGACAAAGUAGAGUGAGGUCAUCCCUGUAUGCAUUCGUCUUCUUUGUAUAAAUGUUGUCGGCUCUAAAUGUACAUCUUACAACCCUGCUUUCUCCCAAUUCUUAGAAAUAUUCACCUGUCCUUUCCUUUUACCUAACUGUUUUACUGAUCAUCUCCGAGUACGUGCUCGUGCUGCUUUUUUAAAGAUUACUUCCCAUUAUACCCAUACCCUAUUGUUUGGUCUGUCGGUCGCGUUUUUUAGAUGACUUCAUUGUUGUGAUGUGUACUUGACCCUAAAAAGGCUAGUUCAUUUUCGGCGUUUCGUGGUGGAAUCAACCUAGCUACAGCUACAUGCAACACAUAAUACAUCCCUUAAUGGACCAAUCGAAAGUCUUGAUUUUUUUUAUCUUCUCCCGCCUACGAAAAGAGUGGUGGUUUUGAGUUUUAGGUUAGGCAAUUCUAGAUUUAUUAUCAUUACUUCUCUCGUUCUCGGGUUUUCAAUUUCGGCUAAUCAAGUAUCUAGUAUGUUAAGUGAAGAAAUUUCGUAAAUUUAAUUCAGUCUGUGUAUUUUUGACAUCAAUCGUUUGGAAUCCACCUCAAGAUUCACUUUUUAUUCUUAUCAAGAUUGUACCUAUCAAGGAUCGACAUUUGGUUUGGAUCGAAAAUUGUCUCUUAAUCAAGACUCGAAAAUGGCUGAAAUCAAUUCUGACGUGUUCGAUAUUUUUCAUCCGACUCCAGUUCCCCUCAGAGAGUUAUCAGCGAUCGUCAUUAGUCUAGAAAUAUGGCGCUGCGAAAUAAUCAAAUGUCGUUCGAGCGGUUCGUUGAAGGACUUCCGUCCAUAUGAUCGCAGUAUCUCAUCGAAAACCAUGAUUCCCGAUUUGCCAUCUACGAUUUAUCCGAUGAUAGAUAUCUAUGUUGAAAGAUUUGGCUUUUCAAUGAAAUACUGGCUAUGGAAACAUCAUAGAACAAUAUUUAAUUUUCAUUACUACAAUAAAAACUCUGUUUUGAAAUACUUCGAGGAUUUUGUAUGCGAUUACAACGGAACCAUUGAUUAUGAGAAGACUGCCAAACGUAUGAUGUAUUCUGAUCGAUUUGAUGUCGAUAAAAAAUUCUUAAUUGCUUGUACGUAUUGUUUCGAAGACGAUAUCAGACGAAUUUGGGCACUUGGACUAAAGAAGAAGAAGGACUGGCUGUAUGAAAACUAUUCUGAAAAUCCGCACUUCGUGUAUUGGUUUAAUUUUCUCGUAAAUCAUAUCAAGAUACCAGAACCUUCUAUGGAAGAAUGGUGGUUGGAUGAUUUCAUGCCUCAAAGUAGAUCAUCGUUGGAAUAUUUUUGGAAUCUUGCUUCAUCAGGAAAUCGUUUGUCGGUAGCUCUCGAUCUUUGUAGGUAUGAUUUACUAUCGCUUGUUCGAUUCAUUUUACCAAAAUUGGACGACCAACAGCUUAAUGAAUUUCUUCAUACAAAUGGUUUUGUAUUGUUAUACGGUUUGUUAAAAAUGUCAUGUUAUGAUGAAGAAGUCGUUCUAUCGACAUGGAUUUGUAUUAAAAACAUGAUGAAUGAGGUUGCUUUCACAAAUCUGACUUUGAAAAUUAUGCAAAGCGAGGUUAGGGGAUUCUGCGAUGAAGAAUGCGCAUUGCAUCAUGAUGGCUGUACUUGGUACACGCACGAAGGUGUCGAAGGUGAUGAUGAUUUUCGCGACAUUGUUGAUGUUGUUCAAUUAUGUAUUGAAAUAUGGAACACUGCUGCGGAAAAUUUGAAACGUUCGGCUGUUAGAGACAUUACAUCGAAUAAUAGGUUAUCAUCUGAAGACGUAUAUCUCGGGUAUGAUCUUCCACCGACCACGGGUGAAUUGAAGUUCUCAUUGGCUGUUCUUUCUUUCGCCACCUACGAGCAGAGGAACGCUUUCUGGCAUAAUUGCUGGCGAUAUUUGUUCACUGAUGAAUCGUUUGAAGAUUUACUUGAAAUAAUGCGGCUAUGUUUACCAAACGAAGAUGAGGUAACUCAAUGGAAGAAAUACAUCUACAAUUAUGAAUUUAUGGACGAUGAUUAUGACGAUAUCGAUUAGUAGAUUUGUAGACUUUAAAAAUAAGCUUAUGUCGUCACCUUAAGUCUAAAAAGUAUAUCAGCAAUGUUUUAUUUGUACCUUAGCACAGCGUAUUGAAUUGAUUGACGCUUUUGUUUGGACUGAACGUAUUCGGGGCAAGGUGUCUAACAGUCCUUAUUCACAUCCAGAAGGUCAGGAAAAAUUGUAUUUUUGCCUAUAUAGGUCUUUCCUUUCAAAAAAAGUUGGGAAAAAGUCUUUCUGUUUGCCCGAAUGCCCUCAUUUUUUCUGAAUUUUGAAAUAAUUCCGUCAUUUAAUCAAAAUUGAACAAAAAAAGUACACUCAAUUUUUCAGAACGUCAAUAUAAUUAAAUAAUAAUAGCAAAAAACGUAGUAUUUUGUCCCCAUUAUUUGAUGUAUUUUCUGGAUUAUUUUUUUGUUUCUUUUAAAAAUUAUAAGUUUUUGAAGUUUUUUUUUUUUUUGGCAAUUUAGUGAAAAUGAAUGGGAGGGGAUGGGUAUCAGUACAUUUCAAUUUUGAAACUGUCUUUCUUGAAGGUCCUUCCAAGGUCCUUCUUUUUAAUUUACAGAUUUUAAUAGAUACCCUGUGUGAGGUAAAAACUCGUAUAAUUAAUUUUUUAAAGAAUGCAGCAACCGAUUAUAAAUCUAUGGUAUCGAAAUCUUCGUUCGUCUCUGUUUUAUUAUGGUGUUUGGAAAGUACUGAGGAAGUUUCAAAAUUUGAGCUGAGCUACUUAAGUAUGUUCUAAGUAGUUUUUAUGGAAUAAUCUAAAAAUCACAUUUCGUUUCUAGUUGAACGAUUUUUUCGUGAAAUUUGUAGUCUGGGAUGAUCUUGUCAAGCCAGAUUUUUACACUUUGAUUAUCUCUUGAUUGUUUGUUUGCUUUUUUACUUUUUCAUUUGAUAAGUUUAUUUUAAUCUUGUGUAAAAAAUCCAUAUGUUAUAUUAUGUUUGAAUCAUGCAGAUCGAUUAUUAAAUUACGUGCAAACAACGA